UGAAAAAGGAAACAUCGCGGUGCUGCUCGCAGAUCUGGCAGGUCUGGCAACUUGUGCAGGUGAAGAGGUGGGCCCAGGUGAGGGUGCGAGGUGGCUGACUGCGCGAAUACCAGACUUGAGGCUGGGAAACGGUGCUGGCAGUUAUUUAUCACUGACAAUACAAUAAAGACAAAAGCAACCAAGAUACUAAAGUGUAUGGUUGGUUGAUCCUGCAGUUUCCUGGGCUUUGUUGAAGAAUGGAAUCUAAUUUAAAUCAAGAUGCAGUGCCUAGACCAUCCUAUGUUUUUAGUGCUGACCCAAUUGCAAGACCGUCAGAAAUAAAUUUUGAUGGCGUUAAGCUUAAUCUCUCUCAUGAAUUUUCCUUAGUUGCUUCAAAUACUGAGGGAAAUAGUUUGGAAUCCAAAGAUUAUCUCCAGGUUUGUCUUCGAAUAAGACCGUUUACACAGUCAGAAAAAGAGCAUGAGUCUGAGGGCUGUGUGUAUGUUCUAGACUCACAGACUAUUCUGCUAAAAGAUCCUCAAAGCAUUCUUGGUCGGUUAAGUGAGAAAAGCUCUGGGCAGAUGGCACAGAAAUUCAGUUUUUCCAAGGUUUUUGGCCCAGAAACUACACAGAAGGAGUUUUUCCAGGGUUGCAUUAUGCAGCCAGUAAAAGACCUCUUGAAAGGACAGAGUCGGCUGAUUUUUACGUACGGGCUAACCAAUUCAGGAAAAACAUAUACAUUUCAAGGCACAGAAGAAAAUAUUGGUAUUCUGCCGCGAACUUUGAACGUAUUAUUUGAUAGUCUUCAGGAAAGACUGUAUGCAAAGAUGAACCUUAAACCACAUAGAUCUAGAGAAUUCUUACGGUUAUCACCAGACCAAGAGAAAGAAGAGGUUGCUAGCAAAGUUACAUUGCUCCGGCAAAUUAAAGAGGUUGCGAUGCAAAAUGACAGUUAUGAUACUCUUCACGGAAGUUUAAUAAACUCUUUGAAUAUCCCAGAGUGUGAAGAAUCCAUGAAAGAUUGUGAACAAGCCAGCUUGAAUAUGGAUAAUAGUAUAAAAUUUUCUGUGUGGGUUUCUUUCUUUGAGAUUUACAAUGAAUGUAUUUAUGACUUGUUUGUUCCUGUAUCAUCUAAAUUCCAAAAGAGAAAGAUGCUACGCCUUUCGCAAGAUGUAAAGGGCUAUUCUUUUAUAAAAGAUCUACAAUGGAUUCAAGUAUCUGAUUCCAAAGAAGCAUAUAGACUUUUAAAACUAGGAAUAAAGCACCAGAGUGUUGCCUUCACAAAGCUGAACAAUGCUUCUAGUAGAAGUCACAGCAUAUUCACUAUUAGAAUAUUACAGAUUGAAGAUUCUGAAAUGCCUCGUGUAAUGCGAGUCAGUGAAUUGUGUUUAUGUGAUCUUGCUGGUUCAGAAAGAAGCGUGAAGACACAGAAUGAAGGGGAAAGGUUAAGAGAGACUGGGAACAUCAAUACUUCUUUAUUGACUCUGGGAAAGUGUAUCAAUGUUUUGAAAAACAGUGAAAAGUCAAAGUUUCAACAGCAUGUGCCUUUCCGGGAAAGUAAACUGACUCACUAUUUUCAAAGUUUUUUUAAUGGUAAAGGGAAAAUAUGCAUGAUUGUCAACAUCAGCCAGUGUUAUUUUGCCUAUGAUGAAACCCUCAAUGUGUUGAAAUUCUCAGCCAUUGCACAAAAAGUUUGUGUUCCAGACGCUUUAAAUUCUUCUCAAGAGAAACCAUUUGGACCUGCCAAAUCUUCUCAAGAUGUAUCCCUAGACAUUAAUAAUUCAGUUAAUAAAAUACUAAAUGUAAAAAGAUCCACGAUUUCAUGGGAAAGUAGUCUAGAAGACCUGGUGGAAGAUGAAGAUUUAAUUGAGGAUCCAGAAAAAGGUGAAGAAAACCAAAGUGUGGAAAGUGAACGUACUGAUGAAGAUCUAGAUAAGACUUUGGAGGAAGAUAAGGCUUUCAGUAGCCAUGAGGAGAAGAGGAAACUGUUGGAUUUAAUAGAAGACUUGAAAAAAAAACUGAUAACUGAAAGAAAGGAAAAGUUAACAUUGGAAUUUAAAAUUCGUGAUGAAGUUACACAGGAGUUUACUCAGUUAGCUCAGCGGGAAGCUGAUUUUAAGGAAACUCUCCUUCAGGAACGAGAGAUACUUGAGGAAAAUGCUGAAUGUCGUUUGGCUAUCUUCAAGGAUUUGGUUGGUAAAUGUGACACUCAAGAAGAACCAGAGAAUGAAGAUUGUGUCAUGAAAGUUGAAAACAAAGAAGCUAUUGCUUGUUUAGAAAUAAAGUUUAAUCAAGUUAAAGCUGAAUUAGCUAAAACCAAAGAAGAAUUAAUCAAAAUCCAGGAAGAGUUAAAAAAGAAAGAAAUGGUAAGUAGAUAAAUUAACAAAAAAUCAUUGGUUCAAGAGCUUGAGAAAUCUAAUAAGGUAAUACUUCAACAGAAUCAAAAAAUUCAAGAGUUGGGAGAUAUAUCUCAAAAAGAGGAUACAAUCAAUAAAUUUCAAAACCUAAUUCAUACGGAUAACACGUUUAUAAACAGUGACCAGGCUGGUACCUCUUCUUUAAUAACAAGCAAUACAUUGGCUUAUAAUGAAACAGUUCAAGUGCUUGAGGAUGACAAAACCAAAACCGAUUUGGGAAGAAAAAGACAAAAUGAAAAUGAACUUCAACCAGAAGAACCGCCAGCAAAGAAAGGACCUAUCCACGUAACUCCAACUGAAGAUGAAAAGAAAAGUGAAGAAGUGCAGAAGAGCAUUUCAGAAGAUGAGGAAGGCAUUAGAAUUUUACAAGAAAAUAAUGAAGAACUGAAAACAUGUCUACUCAUGGCUGAGAAUGAACUUAAAAAUGAAAAGGAAGAAAAAGCAGAAUUAAACAAAAAGAUCAUUAGUUUGCAGCAGGAACUUUUUUCUGAAAAGAAGAGUUUGACUUUAAAUAUUGAGGUCCAACAAAUUCAGUCAAACUAUGAUAAUGCAGUUUCUGAAUUACAUGUGCAGAGAGGUAUAAAUCAAGAACAGGAGGAAAAGAUUGAGAAAUUGUCAAAGGAAAUAGAAACCGCUAGAAAAAAUAUCACAACUAAUGUUUCACAAAUAAAAGCAAUGCAAGCAAAAAUAGAUGAACUACGAAUGCUUGAUUCAGUUUCUCAGAUAGCAAACAUAGAUUUACUCAAUCUCCGGGAUCUGUCAAGUGGCUUUCAAGAGGAUAAUUUACAGAAUACACAGUUACACCUUUUAGAUAAUAAUGAUUUGGUAAGUAAGCAGGUUAACGAAUAUCAUAUUCAAGAACUCGGUAGGGAAAGUUCUUUCCACUCUAGUAUUGAGGCCAUUUGGGAAGAGUGUAAGGAGAUAGUAAAAGCCUCUUCCAAAAAAAGUCAUCAGAUCCAGGAAUUGGAACAACAAAUAGAAAAAUUACAGGCAGAAUUAAGAGGCUGUAUGGAUGAAAACAAUAGGCUAAAAACAGAGGAGAGGGAGAAUAAAAAUCAAGGUGACCUACUGAAAGAAAAAGAAAAUCUUAUACAACAGCUGAAACAAGAAUUGCAAGAAAAAAACAUUUCUCUUGAUGUUCAAGUACGGCAUGUAGUUGAAGGGAAGAGAGCACUUUCAGAACUUACACAAGAUGUUACUUGCUAUAAGAUGAAAAUAAAGGAACUUAAAGCAAUCUUAGAAACUCAAAAUGAAUGUAGUCAUUCAGCCAAGUUAGAACAAGAAAUAUUGGAAAAGGAAUCUAUCAUCUCAAAGCUAGAGAGAAGUCUGAAGGAAUUUCAAGCAAAUCUUCAGGAUUCUAUUAAAAACACCAAAGAUUUAAGUGAAAAGGAAAUCAAGUUGAAAGAAGAAAUCGCACAAUUAACAAAUAAUUUGCAAGAUGCAAAGCAUUCACUUCAGUUAAAGGAAGAAGAAAAUGAAACCAACCGGCAAAAAGCAGAAAAGUUGAAAGAGGAGCUCUCUGCAAGCUCUGCUCUUACCCAGAAUCUGAAAGCAGAUCUUCAGAGGAAGGAAGAAGACUAUGCUGAGCUGAAAGAGAAACUGGCUGAUGCGAAAAAACAGAUUGAGCAAGUACAGAAAGAGGUAUCUGUAAUGCGUGAUGAGGAGAAAUUGCUGAGAAUGAUCAAUGAACUGGAGAAAAAGAAAACGUGUUCUCAGGAAAUAGAUAUGAAACAGCGAACCAUUCAGCAACUCAAGGAGCAGUUAAAUAAUCAGAAUGUGAAAGAAGCUAUACAACAGUAUGAGAGAGUAUGCAAAGAUCUAAAUGUUAAAGAGAAAAUAAUUGAGGACAUGCGAAUGACAUUGGAAGAACAGGAACAAACUCAGGCAGAACAAGAUCAAGUGCUCGAGGUGAAGUUAGAGGAAGCCGAAAGACUGGCCACAGAAUUGGAAAAAUGGAAGGAAAAAUGCAAAGAUCUGGAAGACAGAAGUAAUCAAAGGUCAAAUAAAGAACUUGAGGAUAACACAGAUGUACUUAGUGAAAAGCUCAGUAAGCUUCAGGAUGAGUUACAGGAAUCUGAACAUAAAUAUAAAGCUGAUAGAAAGAAAUGGCUAGAAGAAAAAAUGAUGCUUAUCACUCAAGCAAAAGAAGCUGAGAAUCUACGAAACAAAGAGAAAAAAUACGCUGAAGACAGAGAGCGUUGUUUAAAGCAACAAAAUGAACUGGAAAUACUUACAGUACAACUGGCAGAGAAAGAUGAUAACCUUCAGAAGUGGCAAGAAGAACGCGAUCAACUGGUCGCAGCUUUAGAAAUACAGCUGAAGGGACUGCUCUCCAGUAACAAACAGAAAGACAAUGAAAUUGACAAGUAAAAAAGAUCACUCUUAGAAGACAAAAAAGUAGAAGAACAAGAUGUGGAUAUCAAGCUUAAACAUACAAGUUCAGUGGAUCCUGGCAGAGUUGAAACUGAACCUCAGUCAGCAAGUUUUGAAAUUUCUAGGAAUGAUGUAGAGGAUGGCUCUGUAGUCCUUGACUCUUGUGAAGUGUCAACAGAAAAUAAUCAAACGACUCGAUUUCCAAAACCUGAGUUAGAGAUUCAGUUUACACCUACGGCCAAACAAAUGGCAGUGAAACACCUCGGUUGCGCCUUACCAGUGACGGUUAAGAUUUCCAAGGCCCGGAAGAGGAAGAGUAAUGAAAUGGAGGAGGACUUGGUGAAAUAUGAAAAUAAGAAGAAUGCUACACCCAGAACUAAUUUCAACUCUCCUGUUUCUGAGCAAAAUUCCUCUGGCAAAAAGGAUCAAAAGGUUUCCACACGCCCAUCAUCUAAAAAAACAUAUUCUUUACGGAGUCAGGCAUCCACAGUUAGUACAAACGUGGCCACUAAGAAAAAAGAAGGAACACUACAGAAAUUUGGAGACUUCUUACAACAUUCUCCAACAAUUCUUCAAUCGAAAGCAAAGAAGAUAAUUGAAACGAUGAGCUCUUCAAAGCUCUCAAAUGUAGAAGUGAGUAAAGAAAAUGUGUCUCGACCAAAACGGGCCAAGCGGAAAUUAUACACAAAUGAAAUUUCAUCUCCUAUUGAUAUAUCUGGCCAAGUGAUUUUGAUGGACCAUAAAGUAAAGGAGAGUGAUCAUCAGAUUCUUAAACGACGGCUUCGAACUAAAACAGCCAAAUAAAUCACUUUUGGAGGAUGUUUUAAUAUAAAUUUUAUGUUCAUAAUCAUUGUAAUUUGUAUGCUAACUUUUCAAAGAGAAUUGUAUAUAUGAUGAUGCAUUAAAUCCCUCUGUGUACACAUUGCUAUUUUAUACAUAGUAUAAUUUUAAUUCAAUAAAGACAAUAUGUCAACAGCU